UCCAAAUUAAAUUCAUAUAAAGUAAAAAUACAAGUAGUCAUCUUACUCUCUAUCUUUAUAGUUUUCUGUGAAACACUUUUGGAACAAAUUUCUCAUAUCAUUUGUUGUUCAAUCAAGAGCAGUUUUUUCAAUUGAGCAAUAUUUCUUUGAUCUCUUCAAGUGCCAUGGCAAAUUAUGGAACCACACAGAGAAUACCCUCCUCCUCAACACCACCAUCCACUGCAGACAAUUAUGAACCAGAACCAAAAGCACCCCAAGAAAAAUUCUACAGUGAUUUCAGAAUCUACUGCCCCAUUAACAUUCCCUCCACAUCAGAAGCUGCAGGAGUGCGCAUCAUGAGAAACAUGUGCAAUUUUGGGUUGUACUACACACUCUUUGUGUGGAUCAUACUCUUCAUAACCCUCAUCCCUCAGCGCAAGGUGUCAUUGAUUCUGUUUGUGACCAUGACCUAUGUGACAACCCUUUAUAUUUUACUCUUGAGGGUAUUUCCAAACUCUGUUGUGCUUCACAGAAUCAUAGACAAAAGGGUUGUGUUGGCUUUGCUUGCAAUUGCAACUGCGGUGCAGCUGAUUUUGACUGAGGCAGGCAUUCAUCUUGCAGUGACUUUGGCUAGUAGUGUGCCUGUGCUUCUGGUUCAUGCUGUUUUGUGGGCUAGCUAUGAUGCCUUUGAGGUUGAGGAUGCUUCUGCAAAAGGAGAACUGGCUCCACUUGCAGGCCAUAGUGAAAAUGUUGAUGACAAUACUGAUGCUGCUUAAAAAUUUGGGGGCUCACUAUGUAGUCCUUUCUGACAUGGUGACUGAGUUUUUCUUGGAGAAAAAUAAAAGCAUUGAUAUCCUUUAAAAAGUGU